GAAUCCGAUCUUCAACAUCAAGUAUAUCUUGUCAAGAUGCAGUCAGGAAUAACAGCCUCCGCCGAGCUCCAUGAUGCCUUCAAGGCCUUUCUCUCCUCCCCGUCCUCCCUCUUCUGCCUUCCCAUAACAAUCGAGAGCGAACAGCUCGUUCCUCUAUCUCCUAUCUCCUUCGCAUUUAAUGCCAACGAUGCCCUUGAUGAUAAGCCAUUCUUCGAAUCCCUUCCAUUCCUCAAAGAUACUCUCCAACCUAAAACCCCGAUAUACCUUCUCCUCCGCCGGUUCCAGCAUGAGGAUCCCAUAGAAUCGCAGCUGGUUGCGCUUACUUACAUUCCCUCAAAUAGCGGGGUCCGUGCCAAAACAAUUUUUGCAAGUACCCGUGCUACUGUAGUUCGUGAAUUGGGCUCUGAGAAGUUCUUCGACACUGUUUUCGCGGUCGAAGAGGAAGAGAUUUUGAGCGAAGCUGCCUGGAAGGAACGGGAGGCAGAUAAGAAGGCCUCCAGGGGUGGCAAUGGAAAUGGGACGGCGGCGGAUGAAGAUGAUGCGGAAAGCAGGAGGCAGGAUGUCAUGGGAGAGAAGGAAAGGGCGCUUGAUGCCAUCAGGCGGGCCGAGAACGAGGCGAGGAGCAUGUCAAUGAGAAGAGAUAUCGGAAUUGGGGGCACUGUUGGCGCCGGAGGGGCGGCCGAUCUCAAGGGUGUCCCCUUUCCGCUUGGGGAUGGGGUCAAGGAAGCGCUGCAGAAACUGGAAAAUGAUGAAGGAGGAGCCGUUUUAUUGGGUAUUGAUAUUCCUAAUGAAACCCUCACGCUUCUCUCCACCGAAUCAAACGUUUCUCCCGGAUCACUCUCUAGCCUAAUACCAGACUCGAAACCCCAGUACACGUUCUACCGGUAUCCCACCACAUCCGCGCUGGUCUUCGUUUAUACUUGUCCUUCGACGUCGGCUAUCAAGGAACGUAUGCUCUACGCUAGCUGUCGCAGAGGAACGUUGAAGGUGGCUGAGGCACAGGGUCUGACAAUCUCGCAUAAGGUUGGUGCCAAAGCCGUUGAAAAUAAAACCCCGCUCACAACGCGUACUGAUAUACCCAUAACGACAGAUUGA